AUGAAAUCAAAUAAAGAAAACACCAACGAUUCUGGUUCGUCUACUAUCUUGAAUCGUGGUCAGAAACGAAAAGCAGUUACUACUAAGGAGGCUGCGAAAUCAAAAAUCCCAAAAUACCUUUACCACGGUUUUAUUGUCACAUAUAUCAAAGAACGCAAUAAUUAUUCUUACAAUGAAUUUCUACUUCAUAACCGUGACAAUAUUAUCGCUUCUAUAUCACCAACAAAUAAAUGGCGUUACUGUACAUUGGGUCCAACG